AUGUCUGGUUUCAAGCGGCGCCUGAGGGCCACGGGCCUGGCAGCCAGCAGAUAUCUACAGUAUCCUCUCCUCUUGGACAACAGCACAACCAAGCGGGUGGCAGAUCCGGCACUGCUCCAGCUCCAGCCAACGGAGGUCUUGCAGCCCCUGCUCAACAGUAUCCCCGAGAACCUGGUUGACAGGUUCGAUCCCGUGUUUGUCCAGCAUUAUAACCGCCAUAACGCUGGACGGUUGCACACCCACCAGAUUCCGAUAGAGGAGUUCCGGAAGAACCCCUCAAAGUAUCUGAUAUCCUAUGGCCAGACUCCCGGGCCGGAGGUGCACUGUAUAACUGAGCGAAAAUGUCCAGUCAGGGGAGGCGAGAUCGCCAUCCGGGUCUUUGAAAUGGCCCCAGUCAAGGACGCGGCGGGGAAGGAGAAGAAACGGGGAGUGUAUCUCAACUUCCACGGCGGCGGCUGGGUGUUUGGCGGCCUGUUCGCUGACCAUCACGUCUGCAAGCGAAUCGUCCAUGACCUUCAAGGCGAGGUCGUUGUCUUUGACGUCGACUACCGUCUCGCACCCGAGCACCGCUAUCCCACGGCCAUUGAAGAUUGCUGGGCUGCUUUGGAAUGGGUGAGAAGCAAGGCAAUCGAAUUCAACCUGGACGUCUCUAGGUUUGCCGUCGGAGGUGCAUCGGCAGGCGGCCAUCUCAGCGCAGUGGUUGCCCAUAUGUGUAGAGACCAUGGCUACCCACUGAGCCUCCAACUCCUCGUGGUGCCGGUGGUCGACAUGCACAGUUCCUUCACCCCGACCGGCGAUUUUGACCGUGAAAACACCCCGUACGAGUCAUACCGCGAGAUGGAGCAUACCGUUGCACUGCCUGUCGAGCGAAUGGAAUAUUUCCAUCGUCACUGGCUUGGAAACCCUCGCCCAGAGAGAUCCGACGAUGACUGGAAGAUAUCACCCAUCUUCGCCCCCAACUUCGCCAACCUUGCUCCAGCUGUCGUCUGGACCGCCGAGAUGGACCCUCUUCGAGACGAAGGCGCUGCCUAUGCGAAGAAACUGGAGUCCGCAGGGGUCAAGGUCGAGCAUAUCCGUGUCCCUGGUGUGCCCCAUACCUUUGCCCACCUGAACGGGCUCCUCGACGGCGGGAGGCUCUUCAUGAAGCAGUCUGUCACUGCCCUGGCCGGCGCUCUCUGUGAAUAA